CUUUCAAUUGAGAAAAUGUCAUUAGAUGAAAAGGAUUCUUCAAAUUCACACAAGGUGGAUGAAAACAACGCACCAGUCAUGACAUCGUCAGUAAGAUAUGAGGAAGAUUCAACGACAAAUACUCUUUCGACUUCCACUGAUGGUUUGCAUAUCCACAAGAAAUCAUUAACCGGCAAUAUUUAUUUCCCAGGAGUACUACCACGAACUUCUCUACCCCCAAAGGAACUUCCAGUAAUAUCCAAGGAUGAUUAUCUGCCUGAUAGGUGGAGGCCUAAGCCCACAAUAUCUGAAUUAGUUAGUCUUAUUUGGCAGCUCAAGAGGCUACUAUUUGAUGUAUUAAUGCGAGAAGAUAGCUGUUUUUCACCCACAUGGAUACAUUCCGCAACUGAGUUACAACAUAUAUGCGACUGGUUUUUCCGGACUUCCGCUCCUCCCAUUAUGCAAAGGUCUGGGCUUCCUAGUGUGCCUGAAGAGCUAAGUUGUGCAGCCGCACUGUUAGAGUUUAUUAAAGGUCUCCAUGGCAAUGACUGCAGUCCAUUGAUGCACCAAUAUUCGUUAUUAGCUAGGCGAGUAGCCCAGACUGUUAUGCAUCUAUCAUCGGCUGAAAUUUUACGACGAAAUACACCAGUUUAUUAUAGAAAUGCCUCUAAGAGAGCGUCCCACUUGCCAUAUAUCUCUUCUUAUAAUCCUUUAGGGUACGAAGGAUCUACUAUAGGCAUAAUGGGCCCUGAUGAUCUCAGUUGGGUGUAUAGUGACCUAUCUAGUUCUGAAAUGCUUUCUGGUACUACUCCCUUUAUACACAAAGAUACAGGUAGAGCCAGUGUUUCACAGACUCCUUUGAAGCAUUCUAACAAUAUGGUACCUAUACCGCCCGUCAUGCUCCCACAUUAUCAGUCAUAUCCAUCCGCUUACUAUUGCGAUGCAGGGUCUGGCUCAUCCUUUCUUACUAAUCCAAGAAAUGCGAUAGGUAGAUACGACGAGCAGCUAGUUUCAAACGUUGAUACUGGUUUGAAGCAUACACAACAUAGCAGGCUAGAUAGUAGAAAGUUGGUAUUAGAUAGCAGCACCAAUUCAAGUUAUUCUGUAGGACAGCAGAGCGUUGUCAAAGCGCCUAUUAGACAUGACAGCAGCAAGCCAUUUAUAGCAGGUCCAUGGGACGUAUAUAGGGAAGAGUUAUUGCCAGACGUCCCAUCUGCUGCUGAUUGUGAUAACUCUUCUAAUCCAAAUACGACUAGAUAGUUCAUCAGUGGGCAAUCAAC